CUAGUUAAGAUGAAGCCUCUGCUCGGAUUUCAGACGCUUAGCUAACGAGUACAGGAGGAGGAGGAGACGGAGACGCCUACGCAGUCCAGAGGAGCCCUCCCGCCCCGCGGUCGUCUGUUUUCUGCACUCCUCCGCCCUUCUGGGAAGAACCCAACAGGCCUGCUUGCAGCUGCACCAGCUAUAGGAGUGGCGUCAUGGUGCCUGAGUUGCAGAAAAUAACUGUCCGGAUGAAGAAUCCUGAACAUGUAAAAAAUAUAGUUUCAGCACUCAGGAAAGGUGGAGCAGCAAGACUCCAGGUCAUUUCUGAUUUUGACAUGACUCUGACUCGGUUUGGCUUCAAUGGGAAGCGCUGCCCAACUUCACACAAUAUUAUAGAUAACUGCCGGGUCAUCAGCGAAGAAGGCAAAAAAAAGCUGAAAGAUCUACUUCAUCAUUACUAUCCUAUUGAAAUUGACCCAUAUCAGACUGUGGAGGACAAACUGCCCCUCAUGAUAGAAUGGUGGACUAAGGCUCACAACCUCCUGUCCCAGGAAAAGAUUCUGAGGAGUGAUAUUGCCCAAAUAGUGAAAGACUCUGAUGUUAAACUCAGAGAUGGCUUCAGCAUUUUCUUUGACCAGCUGCAUGAGAGCAAAGUUCCCCUGUUCAUCUUUUCGGCGGGUGUGGGUGAUGUGCUAGAGGAGAUAAUUCAUCAGGCUGGUGUAUUCCACCCUAACAUCAAUGUGGUCUCCAACUAUAUGGACUUUGAUGACAGUGGUGUUCUGCAAGGUUUCAAAGAUCCCCUCAUCCACACCUAUAACAAGAACAACACAGUCCUGAAGAACUCAGAAUAUUUCCAGCAACUGUGCACAAGAACAAGUAUCUUACUGCUUGGAGAUUCCAUGGGUGACCUCAGUAUGGCAGAUGGUGUUGCUGACAUGGAGAAUAUCCUCCGGAUUGGCUUCCUGAAUGACAGGGUGGAAGAACAGCGGGAGAAAUAUAUUGAGGCUUAUGAUAUUGUGCUGGAGAAAGAUGAAACAUUGGAUGUGGUAAAUGGUAUUUUACACUUCAUCCUGGCCCAAACUCCAGAUACACAGUCCCCUAACUCUUGAUGACUAGUUGCCUUUUGGAAAAUUUCCCUCAUUGUUCUUUGACAUUCCCAGUAUCAUAGAAUUACUACGGGCCAGGCUAGCGUUUAUCUUAUUCUUACAUCUACUAUACUAAUUAAAAUAGCAUCACAAACUUAUGUACUAAUUUUGCAGUCCAUUUUCUCUUGGCCAAAAUGCAACAGAAUCAAGACUUUGACUAAUGAAACAUUCUUAAAAGAAUAUGGUGAUAUUAUGGGUUAGACUUGUCUAUUACCACUCUUAAAAAAGAAAGAGAAGCUAGUGGGGAUAAUAUGGCGCAGCCUACUUUUAAGCUACGUUGCAAUUACUGAAAUAAUGCUGGUGUGGGAAACCAAUUUGGUAUUAUUGGUGAUGCUGCUUUAUGCAGCAGCAGCUGACUUGUGGAAGAUGGGUUGAAGGCUUUCCUGGGUAAGCAGCUUUGUUGGAAUCCUAUAUAUUUGGGCAUGUUCUAAAUUGGUGUAGAUGAAGUUAGGUAGCAGGUGUAGUAUCUUUAAGAGUAAAAUUAAUGCAUACUGGCCUCAGUAGCUAUUGAGCUUUUUCCAAUGACACUUAAUGUAACGAAUGAACUUAACCGUGAUAAAGUGUGCAUAAUGUUAAGAGUUUCUGCUUGAAUUGUAUGCAAACUAUUGGAUUUCUGAUGCUCUGUAUUUUAGUUUUGUGAAACGUUUGUUUUCCAAAAUGCUUUUGAACCAUAAAUAGCCCAGAUCCAGCUUUUCCACAAAAUUUUCAACAUUUUUUUAUUCAAGACAUGUAAAUAUAAUAAAAGAAAAGUCUUAUUUUGAA